CUCGUUACGAGCACUGUUCAAACCCUUUAAAAUCCAGAAGAGUAAACAACAAAUGAAAAUUAAACAUUUCCCAGCUCAUUGUUUGUUUUUGGCAGUUAAUUAUUUAAAAAAAGGAAACCUAUAUUUAUUUUAAUAAAAUGGGAAACAUUGAAGAAGAAUGCGAGGACGCCGUUUUCGAAAUUUGUGAUAUAAGGGAACGAUAUCCUGCUCAUUGUGCAAAAAAAUUAGGGCAAUGCUUGCGACUCACAAAUGAAAUCAAUACAACAAACAUCAAAGUCGAUUCCAUACACAUUCACCCACUGGAAAUCCCCUUAAAAGAAACAGACGAAAAGGUUGAAAUUUUCAAAAAAUUUGAAUCCAGUUUAUCAAAAGUAGAUCCCAAUUUGAGGCGGAAUUCGAAAAACAUGUUGGAGGAUUUAAACAGUUUGAUCACGGUUGCACAUCAACUAAGAAGCGAGAAAUAUUGCGACCUGUACAAGUGCCUCAAAAAAAUUAACAAAGAGAGGAAUAUGGGUGAGAACUCAUCUUAAAAAAAUAUCACCAAAUCUCAGUACGAAUGGCGAAUGCAAAGCAUCUAGAUGAAUAAAAAAUUACUGAUCUCAAAGUAAGGAGGAGAGUAAGCUAACUAGUCUAUAUAAUUUGGGAGUCUUCUUAUUUGUUCGAUGAAAAUUGAUUUUAUUUUUAUUGUAAAUACAAAAUCAAAUGUAGC